AGGUGCUCGCGUCCCGCGCGGAGGACUGAGCAGCAGCCCGGGAGCACCGUGCACAGACUUCGCAGUACCCGUCCGGGCCGCUGCUGUUUGGUCCUCGGGGGCCGCCGUCCGUCCGCAGUGCGCGCGAUGCUAUUUGGUCCUCGGGGGCCGCCGUCUGUCCGCUGUGCGCGCGAUGCUGUUUGGUCCUCGGGGGCCGCCGUCUGUCCGCUGUGCGCGCGAUGCUGUCUGGUCCUCGGGAGCCGCCGUCUGUCCGCUGUGCGCGCGAUGCUGUUUGAUCCUCGGGGGCCGCCGUCGGCCCGAUGUGAGCGCGAUGCUGUUUCGUCCUCGGGGGCCGCCGUCGGCCCACUGCGCACGCGCGGGAGCAGCCGGUCUCGCGGCAUUUGCCCCUAGCAUGGCGGCGCUCGGUCCGCGCCUCCUGGCUCGCUGCCCCCUGUGCCCUCACGCCGUCCCGCUGAGGCCUCCGAUCCGCCGGCUACUCAGCUGCCCGGGGAGCGCGUCCGCGGACGUCAGCGGAGUGGACCAGGCCCCGGGGGCCGCGAACACAGGUCCCCCGCCCCGGAGCUUCUCGGAGGUUCAGAGGGAGCGGUGGGAGCAGGCGCAGCGCACGGUGCUGAUCCGCUGCCCCGGCCGGUUCCGGGAGAAGCCGCUCCUGAGGUUCCUGGCCCAGCACGGGCCCGUCAGCCGCCACUUCUUCUACCAGAGCGUCGGUCUUUAUGCCGUUGUGGAAUUUUGUCAAAAGGAAAGUGUAGCCUCACUGCAGAAUGCCGCUCGUACUCCAGACCUGAGCACAGAAUCCGUGAUUCCAUUCCGAUCACGGUUCUUCACUCUGAGGCUGAAGAACUCCCCGAGUCAGACCUCCGAAUGGCCCGGCGUGCAGUGUCAGGACCAGUCCCCUCCCUCAAGCAGGAAGCUCAUGCAGCUGCUUUGUUCUGCAGAAAGUGUAGACCAGCAGCUGCACGCCCUGCUGAGGGCCUUCCAGCUCACGGAGGAGAACUGCCGGCUACGCCACCUCACCUGCUCCCUCAUCGGGGACGUCGCGGCCGCCUUCUUCCCAGACUCUGUCAUCAGACCCUUUGGCUCUUCCACCAACGGCUUUGGGAAACUGGGUUGUGACCUGGACAUGUUUUUGGACCUCGAUGAGAUCAGAAAACCCAGUGCUUCCAAGACCCCGGGGAAUUAUCUGCUGGAAUAUCAGGUGAAAAAUGUCCCUUCCGACAGAGUUGUGACCCAGAAGAUUCUCUCUGUGAUAGGAGAGUGUCUCGACCACUUCGGCCCGGGCUGUGUGGGUGUGCAGAAGAUACUCAACGCCCGCUGUCCUCUCGUGAGGUUCUCACACCAGGCCUCUGGGUUCCAGUGUGAUUUGACAACUGACAACAGGGUUGCCCUGAAAAGCUCUGAGCUGCUCUACCUCUACGGCGCCCUGGACUCUCGGGUGCGGGCCCUGGCCUUCAGCGUCCGCCACUGGGCUCACACACAUUCCUUAACGAGCAGCAUCCCUGGUGCAUGGAUCACAAACUUCUCCCUCACGAUGCUGGUCAUCUUCUUCCUUCAGAGGAGGUCACCUCCCAUCCUCCCAACGCUGGAUGAGCUGAAAGCCUUGGCAGAUGCAGAAGAUGACUGUGUGAUCAAAGGCCACAACUGCACGUUCGUCUCUGACCUGAGUCGAAUCAGUCCUACGGAGAACACGGAGACGCUAGAAUUACUACUGAAAGAAUUUUUCGAAUAUUUUGGAAAUUUUGCUUUCCAUAAAAAUUCUAUAAAUAUCCGACAGGGAAAGGAGCAGAACAAGCCUGAGUCUUGUCCCCUGCACAUUCAGAAUCCUUUCGAGACCUCUCUCAACAUCAGCAAAAAUGUAAGUCAGGUCCAGCUGCAGAAGUUUGUGGAUCUGGCCAGAGAAAGUGCCUGGCUCUUAAACCAGGAAGACAAGAGCCACCUUUUCCCACCGAGAAACCAGGCCUGGGGGCUGGCCGCCUUGCUGCUGCCUUCUCUGCCGAGCGGAGUCUCUCUGAGCAAGAGGAAGAAAAACCGGCUGGCAAACGGAACAGUCAAGAGCUUGCUGGACUCCAUCAGAGGUAACGGGAGUGCUGAAAGGGCCACAGACGACAGCGGGACAAGGACAGCCGGCACUCAGGCAUGAGGGUGGCCCUCACGGCCUCCCUGUCGGCACUGGGCUCAUCCUUCCUGCCAGGACGGCAGUCAGACCUCUGUGGACGGACAGACAAGCCCCCUCCCUCCCAGGAGAAUCGUUUUAAAGGCCUUCUGGCUACGUGUAUAAAGCAUACAUCUCGUCACUGAGUGUAAUAAAGCUUCGCGAUGGCUCACUCUA